CCCAGAGCCGGGGAGAGAACCCAGGAGUCCUGGCUCCCAGCUCCCCUCCCAGAGCCGGGGAUAGAACCCAGGAGUCCUGGCCCCCCACCCCUUCCUCUCCUUUAAUGACUUUGUUCAUUUUUUUCCUAUCUGUGGCCUCCCUCUUUCCCUUUAAGAUCUCCCUUCACCUUCUCCUUUAAGAGCCCCUCUCUCCUGGGGAUUAAUAGCCCCUGAUUAUUAAAGUGUCUGCCUCCCCUUUAAGAGUGGCCUUGCCUCUGAUUGGCCCACCCUGGGUAAGGGGCGUGGCGUGGAGGGGCAGCAAGAUGGCGGCGGCGUUGAGGAACGUGAAGGGGAUGGUUGGCCUGGUCACUGGUGGGGCCUCUGGCCUGGGUCGCGCCACCGCUGAGCGCCUGGUGCAGCAGGGAGCCAGCAUGGUGAUCGUGGACCUGCCAACAUCGGAUGGGCCGAGUGUGGCCAAAGCGCUGGGGGAACAAUGCGUCUUUGCUCCAGCUGAUGUGACGUCAGAGGUGGACGUAAAGGGGGUUCUGGCUCUGGUGCGGGAGAAGUUUGGGCGCUUGGAUUUGGCCGUGAACUGCGCCGGAAUCGCCGUGGCCGUCAAGACCUACAAUGCCAAGAAGGACGUGCCCCACAGCCUGGAGGAUUUCCAGAGGGUCCUCAACGUCAAUGUUGCCGGCACCUUUAACGUGAUCCGACUGAGUGCUGGUGAGAUGGGCAAAAAUGACCCUGACUCCGAUGGGCACAGAGGAGUGAUCGUCAACACAGCCAGCGUGGCUGCUUUCGAGGGCCAGGUGGGUCAAGCCGCGUACUCCGCCUCUAAAGGGGGCAUCGUGGGCAUGACCCUGCCAAUCGCCAGGGAUCUGGCCCCUAUGGGGAUCCGUGUUGUCACCAUCGCCCCAGGUCUGUUUGCCACCCCCCUGUUGGCAGGGCUCCCCGAGAAGGUGCAAACGUUCCUGGCUCGCCAGGUGCCCUUCCCCAGCCGCCUGGGGCUGCCCGGGGAAUAUGCCCACCUGGUCCAGUGCAUCGUGGAGAACCCCAUGCUGAACGGGGAGGUGAUUCGCCUGGAUGGUGCCAUCCGCCUGCAGCCCUGAGCCGCUGCCCCAUGCUGGGGGGGUGCUGAUUCCCCUCCCCCGGCUGCCCCUGAAAGGGGGGGGUGAUUUCCCCCCCUUCUGCCGUUCCGCCCUCUCUGGACUCUAAUCAUGGACUCCUGCAGUGAUUUGGCCCCCGCACAAUGAGGACGUAUAGGGGGCGGAGUCUGAGCCGUUCUGACUCCUGCCCCCGGUCGGCGUCUGGGCCUUAAUAAAUGAUCGUCUCGAGGUG